ACCUAAUUAAUUAACAUCGCGACAACGGCUAGCGUCAGUUCCCGGGAUUCAUACAUAACCUCCAACUCCGACCAUAAACAACCUCCGCCAAGAGAUUUCUACAUCAAAAAAAUGGAUGAAGAAGAAACCCUAGUGGACCAGAAUUUCCCCUUAUUCUCCUGUAAACUCACUACCCCUAAACGGCCGCCCAAAACCCUCACCGCCGCCGCCCAAAACCCUAACCCCCCGCCGCCGCCCCCCCUCGUAAGGGAAACAAACCUAACCCCCGACCCCAACCACACCUCUUUCGCAGACCUGGGCCUGGCAGAAUGGGCAGCCCAAACCUGCAAAGAACUCGGCAUGAAGAAACCAACCCCGGUCCAACUCCGCUGCAUUCCCCGCAUCCUCGCCGGCGACGACGUAUUGGGCCUUGCCCAGACCGGCAGCGGCAAAACGGCGGCUUUUGCGCUCCCGAUACUCCACCGCCUCUCCAUUGACCCGUAUGGAGUGUUUGCGCUGGUGGUUACGCCCACGCGUGAACUGGCGUACCAGUUGGCCGAGCAGUUUAGGGCCCUGGGGUCGUGCUUGAACUUGCGGUGUGCCGUGGUGGUUGGUGGGAUGGACAUAAUUAACCAAGCCCAGACGCUUAUGAGCCGCCCUCACGUUGUGAUUGCCACUCCUGGGAGGAUUAAGGUUCUUAUUGAACAAACUCCUGAUAUUUCUGCCGUCUUCUCUAAAACUAAGUUUCUAGUCUUGGAUGAAGCAGAUAGAGUACUGGAUGUUGGCUUUGAAGAGGAAUUGAGAGUGGUCUUUCAAUGCUUGCCUAAAAAUCGACAAACAUUACUGUUCUCGGCAACAAUGACAAGUGACCUGCAAACGCUACUUGAGCUUUCUGCAAACAAGGCCUAUUUCUAUGAGGCAUAUGAAGGCUUAAAGACGGUUGAAUCUCUUAAGCAGCAGUAUGUUCUUGUCCCCAAAAAGGUGAAGGAUGCGUAUCUAGUACACAUUUUGUCCAAAAUGGAGGACAUGGGUAUUCGAUCUGCCAUAAUUUUUGUUCCAACCAGCUGGAUUUGUCACAGUCUUAGUUUAUUACUUGAAGAGCUUGAUUUGAAAGCUGCUGCAUUGCAUUCGUUAAAAACCCAGUCUCUGAGGCUUGCUGCACUCCAUCGAUUCAAAUCUGGACAAAUUCCUGUACUACUUGCAACUGAUGUUGCCAGCCGUGGUUUGGAUAUUCCAACAGUUGAUCUUGUUAUUAAUUAUGAUAUCCCAAGAAACCCGACGGACUAUGUCCAUCGCGUUGGGCGUACUGCAAGAGCAGGAAGAGGAGGGCUGGCUGUAAGCUUUGUUACCCCGAAGGAAGUAAAUCUUUUUCUUGAAAUAGAAGCUGUUGUUGGAAAAAAAAUGGAUAAAUUUGAAUGCAAAGAGAAUGAGGUGCUUGAUGAUAUCACAAAGGUUUACAAGGCCAGACGUGUGGCAGCAAUGAAGAUGGUGGAUGAUGGCUUUGAGGAGAAAGCCAAAGCACGAAGAGAGCAGAACAUGAAGACAUUAGCAGAGAAGGGACUACUGAAGAAAAGGAGUAAAAAGAGAAAAAAAGGAAGAGCCAAUGAGUAGUGGGAGUUUGAAAUUUCUCUCUUCCUCUCUCUCCUCCUCCGAAUUGGUGUGUUCAGGGGGGGGGUGGUGGUGUUUGGGGUGUGAGCUGCAUUUUCUGGAGCAGCUUCCAGGAAUGACCGUGAUUGACGAGGUCAUAAUUUAUAGGCUGUUCUAGUGUUCUCUUAGGAAACGUUGGUAUCAGUUAUGAGAACUAUUCUAGGGAAAAUAAUUACAAGUAAUUAUGUACUACUUGUUUUGUAGAUUAAGAACUCAGUAUGCAUCACGAUUUCUA